UCCCAAGUGCCUCUGCCUUUGGGAGGCCGGUGGCCACACGCUCCUCCCCGUCCCUCCUCCCGCCGCUCCGGGGCGGACCGAGGGCCAAGCCGACGCGCAGCCCACCCACCGGCCGCGCGCCCGCGGUGACUGAGGCUGCCAGAGGCCCCCAGCGCUGGCGGCGAGGAGCAGUCGGGCUCGGCGCGCUCCGGUCCGGGGGCCCUGGUUCCGGCGAGCAGCUCACCGCAGCACCCGGGUGAGGAGGGAGCGCGGGGCGAGGCGGGAGGCCGCGGAGAAGGUUAAGCUGAAACCACUGCUCAGCUUCCAAGAUGUUGCCACCCAAACUGCAUGCGCUUUUCUGCCUCUGCAGCUGCCUCACACUGGUCCAUCCUAUUGACUGGCAAGACCUAAAUCCUGCUGCCCAUAUUAGAUCAUCAGCAUGGGCCAAUGAGAUACGAGCCCUGAUGGCUGUUGCAAGCGUUGGCCAAUCUAAAAUUCCCAAAGGAAAUGGGCCUUAUUCUGUCGGUUGUACAGACUUGAUGUUUGAUCAUACUGAGAAGGGCACCUUCUUGCGUUUGUAUUAUCCUUCCCAAGAGGAUGACCACCACUCUGACACCCUUUGGAUCCCAAACAAAGAAUAUUUUUUUGGUCUUAGUAAAUACCUUGGAACACACUGGCUUAUGGGCAAAAUAUUGAGCUUAUUUUUUGGUUCAAUGAAAACUCCCGCAGACUGGAAUUCCCCUCUGAGGACUGGUGAAAAAUAUCCACUAAUUGUUUUUUCUCAUGGUCUUGGAGCAUUCCGGACAAUUUAUUCUGCUAUUGGCAUUGAUCUGGCAUCGCAUGGGUUCAUAGUUGCUGCUGUAGAACACAGAGAUGGAUCCGCCUCUGCGACUUACUAUUUCAAAGACCAGUCUGCAGCAGAAAUAGGGAACAAAUCUUGGCUCUAUCUUCAAAGCCUCAAAUCAGAGGAGGAGAUGCCCUUACGAAAUGAACAGGUACAGAAAAGAGCAAAGGAGUGUUCCCAAGCUCUCGAUUUGAUUCUGGACAUUGAUCGUGGAAGGCCAGUGAAGAAUGUAUUGGAUUUAGAGUUUGAGGUGGAGCAACUGAAGGACUCUAUCGACAGGAAUAAAAUAGCAGUAAUUGGACACUCUUUUGGUGGAGCCACAGUGAUUCAGACUCUUAGUGAAGACCAGAGAUUCAGGUGCGGGAUUGCCCUGGAUGCUUGGAUGCUUCCACUGGAUGAUGAGAUAUAUUCCAGAAUUCCUCAGCCCCUCUUUUUUAUCAACUCAGAACGGUUCCAGUAUCCUGCUAAUAUCGAAAAAAUGGAAAAAUGCUACUCACCUGGCAAAGAAAGAAAAAUGAUUACAAUCAGGGGUUCAGUCCAUCAGAAUUUUGCUGAUUUCACUUUUGCAACUGGCAAAAUAGUUGGAUACAUAUUCACCUUAAAAGGAGAUAUAGAUUCAAAUGUAGCACUUGAUCUUAGCAACAGAGCUUCAUUAGCAUUUUUACAAAAGCAUUUAGGACUGCAGAAAGAUUUUGAUCAGUGGGAUUCUUUGAUUGAAGGAGAAGAUGAUAAUCUUAUUCCAGGGACUAACAUUAACACAACCAGCCAACAUGUCACUCUACAGAACUCUACAGGAACAGAGCAAUAGAAUUUAGAUUAAAAGCCACUUUUUUAAAAGUCUUGUUUAAAAAUGGUCUGAAAGUAUGUGUGUGUGUAUGAUUUUAAUGUGUUUUCUCAAAUAAAUCAUAUUGUAAAAUGUAGACUAUACCAUAAAAGUGAUUGAAGCUUG